AUGGCCUCCUCACUCUAUUUCACAGCCGAGCGAGUUCUAUUGAGCAUAGACUUUGAGCGACUACAGGCUAUCCCAGAACUUUUGGAUGACUGGGCGAGACCUCGAGACUCACCGCCACCAGAUCAGGGACCUCUGGUACUGGCCCAGACGCGGUUCAUUCUCGUCUUCUUUGCUUCGUUCAGCGGUGAGCCGCGGUUGAUACGUCAGGCUCUCGUCGGCUGCGGCCAUUUAUCAGCCGAUUUUCGGUCAAGAAUGGCCCGCGCUAAGCCUGGGUCGAUGAACUUGAACCUCUCUCAGUGGCAUUCUUGGAUCGAACAUGAGUCGAUAAAGCGUCUAAUGUGCUGCUGCAUGGUUCUCGGUAACCUCCUCGUCAUAGCCUACGGUAUCGUAACAGGCUUCGCGGCGCUAGAGGAGUGUAACAUUGAGAUGCCCGCCGAAGAUGAGUUAUGGGAUGCCACGAGUGCGUCCGAAUGGAGGUCGUCUCUGGAGAGACGACUGCCUUCUUCGCCCCUAGGUCUUCGCCAAGCAACAGCUUGGAUAUUUGGUAACAGCGUAGAGGAAGAGAGACUAGACGCAAGCUGGACGUGGUCACCGUUCGCAGCGUCAAUCGUGAUGCACCAAGUCGCCAUCGUCGUCUGGUUCUUCGCCCACGGGAAAGAGGCCUGCUACGGAACGACUCAGAGCUAUCGAGAGAGCCACCAGUCCGACGCCAAGAGGAUAGAGGCUGCUCUUUCGAGGUGCAGAGACCUGCUGACUGAAACACGCGAUGGCAAUGACGGCACGUGGAGUGAAGCUGACGGGCCAUUGUUGUUUAACGCAUUUGCCGUUUUGCGCGUUUCGUAUGGCCGAGCUUUCAUCAACUUUCGGUCUCUGGACCGGUCGCUGCUCUUCCAGGAGAGCAGCCAGGAUAUGCUAGUUAUCUUGCAGCGCUACUUUGACGCUGCUCAAGAGCGGGAUGGGUACAUGACCAUGGCUGUCGACUGUGCUUUGGAAGGCUUUGCGAUACCGAUUCGAGCGGGAGUCUUGCUCACGCAAAAGACGGCGGCGUUGAAGUGGAGUGUUGAACAUGCUUUGGCGGGAUGGGAUGCCGCCCUUCUAGUGACGAAGUGGGUUCAUACGGUCGAAUGUCUGCAGUCUACAAGUGGAAAGACUACGCCAGAAGAAACGAAGGUCCUCGACAAUGUUCGAUAUCUUCUCGGCCAGAUUGACGUUGAUCGCUCUCCAUCUCGGUCUCUCGCUGCGGAUCUUGCUCGUGUCUGGGCUGGACUCUAUGACGAUACUUGGGUUUGGGGUGUUGCACCACGUAUGAGCUGGGUUCUCCGCGAGCUUGCCAAGUUGUAUGAGCAGGAAGCUUCAGAUACAGAGAGGCAGCAACCAACUUAA